AUGAGAGAUCGGAUUUCCGCCGGGGAUUUCCAACGAGACAUCUUUGGUCAAUUGCCUCUAGAGCUGAGAAGUCUUGUGGCGUCGCAUCUGGACAUAAAUGACAUCUUCAAUCUUCGGGCCGUCUCCAAAUUCUGGCAGGAGGUGUUGACUUCCCCGGCUACUCUGAGGGCUGCGAUUGAAUUACGAACAGGGAAAAGUCCCGCUUUUGGUACACCAAUUGCUGAGCUUGAGGCGACUCUGCAGUCGCGAUGGAGAAUCGAAAAUGGCCGGCCAGCAUAUUCCGGCUCUCCUGAGUCUCUGCAUAUGUUUCUCAACUACGACGAGUCAAUGGUGUACCGCAAAGGAAUAGUUGUUGGCUAUACCGGGGAUCAUAUUUCUGUGUUGGAUUUGAGAACUGGCGUACGGACAGAUUAUACCCUUGAGAACAGAGAAACGCCUGAGAGGCUCGAGACUUCGGGCAGACUGCUCGCUGCGACUACAACACGCCUCUGUUACGUCUGGGACCUCCAAACCAAGCAACUCAAGUCUUUCCGUCUGCCCUCGGCCAAUUACCAGGCGCUUUUUGUAAAGGGAAGCAAAGUCAUGCUCUACUAUCCUUCCGGCCAGGUUGUGCAGUUCUGCUUCGAGUCCGGAAUUACUCGUACCAUUAAUCUUGAGCACCCGGUCAUUGCUUUAUCUCUCCAUGAAAACGGCGAGUUUUCCAUCAUUGAAAUGAAAAUGGCACAUGACCAGUUCAGACGUGGCAGGCCAAUUCUCGAAGAAGAAUGGAAAACAUAUAAGCUCCAAGUGAAAAGGUUUUCCCUUCAAGAAGAUGGCUUCCCAUGCUCCCUGGGCCAAAAUUUCGACAUCUCGCCCUUUCUGGCCCCAAGGGUGAACAAAAUCGAAUUCGACAGCUUCCAUCCCUUCAAGACCUCCCAAUAUUGUUCUGACAUAAAGCUCAAUUGGGACGUGCCCGGAGACCUCAACCCCGGAUACGAAACUACCACACAUCUGCGCUUCACACUGGAAGACGAUGACACGGUCGAGGCAUAUUUGACCGAAGAGCCUGUGGAUCCAUGGGGUCGUGAGUCCCCGGUGAGUCAGUUCGUCACGGAGAACAACAUCAUGUACUCACAUCGUGAUAACACACUGGUGCUUGCUUCCGAAAGAUGGCAGAUUCUGUCCACGCCUCCUGGUACUGCUCUCUUUAUGUUCAACAAACAAAAAACUCUACCUUAUGAUGGAACCGAACCAACACUUCCCUGGUUAGAUGAUAUUAGCUGUGAUAUAUGGCAAGGCGAUGACGAUUUCUUUGUGCUGGGAAUAGGUAGAACGUCCGAGGUCUGUGUUGCAUCCUUCAAAUCUGAUUGGAGACCUGUUGGAGAGAUUUCUGAAAAACAGUGGGAGCCAUACUGUUGA